AUGAUGCGCAUUAAAGACAUUUUCCGCGCCUUCAGCUCCUCUUCGCAAGAAGCCCAAACCAGUGAUGUCCCCGCUGGCAAUCCCAUAGCCGAUCCGGCUACAAGUCCAGGUCGUCGGUCAAGAAGGCUUAAACGUCGCCCAGCCAAACGAGCAACGAUGGAAUUGGACAAUACACCCAUAGUCUCUCAAAAUAGUCCUGCGGCGUCUCACAGUACCCCAAAUCUACUAAGCGACUCCUCCAGACACUCCCAUUCGCCGAGUGCACGAAGUUGGAGUUCUAGUGCCCAUCAACCGAGGCAAAUUUCCGCACACGAUUCUUGGGGGUCAUACCACGGAAGCAUAUUUCAGGCUCCAGCAAAUGUUCUUCAAACGCAGGCCCAGCAAGAUGUGGUUUCAAGAGGUGACACUGAAUCAGUGCUACCUUCCAGUGCAUACGGUCCGAGGAUGGAAGGGCUCUUCAGCCACCAGCACGACUUGGAGAGGGAGAGUCCGCUCACAGAGUUGGCAUCGAGCCUGAGAAGCUCCCAAAGACGAGCAUCUCGGCCACUACCAGAGCCACCGACGCACUCUUCUCGCCCCACAGCCCAUGACUGGGCCGAAAAUUCUAAACGGAAUCCUGCCAGCACUCCAAUCCUAAAUCGUGAGGCGCGAGCACCCUCGCCUGAAGUUGAACACCAGCGUUCAUCUGGCUCAAGGGGAAAUCGAUCCAGAAGUCCAGGGACAUAUUACAUCGUACCAUCGGGAGUCAAUGUGAUUUUCGAAAAUGAAGCCGGCAAAGAGAUAACAAGAGUCGGUGACUUCGGUCCCGAAGAAGGAAGACCAUCUCCGGUCGAGAAUCGAAACGAACGGCGACACAGAUCGGGUCGACACAAGCAUCAUCGCGAGCGGGAGGAUAGACAUGGCCGUGGACGACGCUCUCAUUCGUCAGAUUCAGAGAAGAGUUAUGGUGCCAGUGAAGCGCCGACCAUAAUCUUAAUCGACAAAUAUGGCCGCCAGAUUCCAAUCAUGCCAUAUGGUCACCGAUAA